AUAUCGACUCUGAUACCCUGACAGCAUGUCAGAUCAGCCAUCUCCGCCAGCAAAGCCCAAACCAGGCUCUUUACGCGACAGGAUUGCGGCUUUCGAGAAGCCCUCAAAUGUCUCGACACCAGGGCCUGCACCUGUUCCUCGACCGAGGCCUGGCGCAGUGUCGUGGAAACCCAGAGUACCAUCUCCACCGUCGGUGCACCCUGGUGGUGACUCUUCAACUUUGGAGCGUAGGACAGGAGGGAUGUCCGCCUCAGAUGCGAAGGAAAGCAUCGGUAAAGGUGGAAGUUUGAAGGAACGUAUGGCGGCGCUCCAAGGACGAGGUGCAUUUGGUGCGCCCCCGCCACCAGUUGCUCCCAAACCUGUUAUCGAACGUCCCAAAUGGAAGCCUCCCCCUCCUGUCGCGUCUCCUCCACCAGAUGACCAUCCAGAGAAGGACGACGUCACACGCAAGUCACCCGAGAUUCCAUCGAAAUCCCCUGAUUCUAUUCCGGCCCAGCCGUCUCCUCCUAUCGAAGGUGAGCCCGACGCGCCCGCUGUAGCCGUAGCUGUGCCAGAGCCCGAGGGACAAGCUGCAGAUGAGGCUGACCCUGAGGAUGAAGAGCGGCAACGACGAGCCACCAUUGCAGCUAGGAUGGCUCGAUUGGGUGGCGCCCGCGUCGGAAUGGGCCCGCCGGUAUUUGGGAAGGUACCCGUCAAACCAAAGCCCAAAGCGGAACCUGUGGAAGAAGAGACGAAACCUGUUGAAGGCGUAUCGCCGCCGCCGCCUUCUGGCGAUGACGAAGCGCUCAAGUCGGCGCCGACUUCUCCACCUCUCGGAGAAGGAGCGGGAUCGAAGGCUCUGGAUGUCGGGCAAUCUGACGAGGGUAGAAGCUCUGAAUCUCUCCCUACACCUCCUGAUGCCGAUGUAUCAUUCCCUCCCGUUGCUCGUACUCCCGCUUCAAUGCCAGUUCCUGCUGGUCCCAGAAGGGUUGCCCCUCCUCGUCGAAGACCCGCAAAAUCACCAGCUCCACCGCCUGUCGAAGACAGGCAGAAAGAUAGAGAGAGCCUCGCCAGCUUGGAUAUUACGUCACAUCCUAUCAGCGACUCAGAGAGUGUGCCUAAGGAGGUGUCACUGAGUGCUGUUGCUGAGCCGGAAUUGUUCACUAAAGCUGCACGCUCGCGUACCGCGGAUGAAGGGCUCAUUUCUCCUCAUGUUGAUGAAGCUGAUGUUGCGGACAUCAGGGUAUCUCCAGAGUCACCCUCGUAUCAAGGCCGCAUCGAUCUACCGGAAGCGCCUACUGAAUCUGGCCAGGGUCUCGAAAAUAUCCCUGAUGUCCCUGUAGAGGAGCAUAUCUCUUCUGCCCCGGAGCCAUCGGUCCCAUCUGUCAAAGAGGAAGAGGAGGAGGAUGAAGAGGCCAGACACAAUCGUAUCGCCGAAAGGAUUGCCAAGAUGGGUGGAGUCGAUCCCUUUGCUCCUUCCCCACUCCAGAGGAGGUCGAGUACUACUUCGAGUGUUUCCGAUG